GGGAGAAGUUUCCACUGACCCUCAACAGAAUCAUCGUGGUCCAGCGGAAAAACCCUGUGACGCCCGAGAGAGUCGCUAUGAGUCGCUUUUCCUUCCUCCAUACCCUCCAUAAGACAAUGGGAACCACGCAGUGUUAGUCGGGUUGGGAAAUCUACCCUGCAAAAAAAUAUCACUGCGAGACACCAUGCCUGUCAUCGACAUCACCAAGGACCUGUCGGCACUUUUCCGCCAGCAGGUCCAAGUGACGCCCGAUGCGGUGGCGUUGGAGGACGACACGGCGACAUACACCUAUGUCGAACUGGACCGAAAGGUCGAGGCGCUCUCCAAUCUCCUCCGCAAGCACAAGGUCGGCCGAGACAGCCUCGUGGGCGUGCUCCUCCCACGCAGUGCCAACUAUGUAAUUGCCUGUCUGGCAGCGCUCCGGGCAGGCGGGGCCUUUCUCGUCCUCGAACUGGCUUACCCUCCUGAACUCCUGGCAGACGUGAUUGACGAUGCCCAACCGGCUGUAGUGGUCACAUACCGCGCCGAAGUGGGUAAGAUCAAGGAAGGGAUUCCUCUCAUCACUCUGGAUGAAGAGCAGACGGACACCAAUGGAGAUGUGAAAGACCUACCUCCGGUGCCUGCUGAUGAUGAUCUGGACAGACUUGCCUUCGUCUCAUAUUCUUCGGGAACGACGGGCAAACCGAAGGGGAUCGCAAACCCUCACCGAGCCCCAGUACUUUCGUACGACCUGCGAUUCGGGAUUCGCGAUCUGCAGCCCGGCGAUCGUGUCGCCUGCAAUGUCUUCUUCAUCUGGGAGAUCCUGCGUCCACUGCUGCGGGGAGCGACUGUCGUUGCAGUGCCAGACGAGGCCAGUUAUGACCCCCCUGCGCUCGUGGACCUCCUCGCUUCCAAGAAUAUCACCGAGACUCUUAUGACCCCGACGCUCUUGGCCGCGGUGCUGUCGCGCCAUCCAAAGAUCGGGGUUCGCCUUCCGAAGCUGCGGACCUUGUGGCUGAACGGCGAAGUCGUCACAACUGACUUGGGCCGUCGAGCAAUCAAGGCUCUACCCAACACAACCCUGCUCAACUGCUACAGCGCCUGCGAAACCCACGAGAUUGCGUGUGGAGAUAUUGGAAAGAUGCUGGACGACGAGGCCAACUACUGUCCGGUCGGCCCUCCUCUAGAUCCAGAACACACCUACAUUCUCGAUGAGAGUGGUCAAAAGGUGGAAGGUGGAGAAAGCGGAGAGCUUUUCGUCGGCGGAUCCCUCCUUGCCCGCGGCUACAUCAAUCGUCCUGAGACAACUGCCAAAGCCUUCACGCCUGACCCAUUUGACUCGGCGCCGGGAUCGCGCAUGUACAGAACCGGAGACCAGGCACGCAUUCUUCCGUCAGGACUUUUGGAAAUCACUGGUCGUGUCGGAGCCAUGAUCAAGCUUCGCGGCUAUUCCGUCGUGCCCGGAAAGGUCGAGCAUGCCAUCGUCCAACAUCUCGCUGUUCGACAUUGUGCGGUCACGGCUCAUGGCGAGGCGUUAGAACGGCAACUAGUUGCAUAUAUCGUCCGGGAUAAGGAGUCUUCUUCAGAUCGCCCGGAGCUGGAGGUUAACGAGCUGGGCCACAGUCCAGCGGCAAGACGGACGCUCUCGCCAUACCUAGCUCACUAUAUGAUUCCAGCUCUGUGGGUGGAGGUGGAGGAAUUGCCUACCAACGCAGUCUCUGGCAAGGUCGAUCUCAAACGUCUUCCUCCACCCCCAAGCCCCAACGCUGUCAACGGCAAUGGUGCAUUGAAUGGGCACAAGGGAGACCACGAUUCAAUUGACAUUGAGGCCAUAGCUGAAAUCUGGGCCGCAAGUCUCAAGAUCUCACGCAGCACCAUAACGCCGGAGCACAGCUUUUUCGACCUUGGCGGUCAUUCUUUGACGCUUGCCGACCUGUCUGCACGCUUCUCUAGGGUUCUUGGAGUCAAGGUGCCCCUCGCACGGCUCGUCGACCCCGCAACUCUCAACGGCCACCUGGAAACGGUGCGAUCUGUGAGAGACGGUCAUGCAGCAGCGGUGCAAGCUCAUCUGCCUGAUGUCCUUCGGAAAGACUCGUCCCUUGAGGACAGCAUUCGACCGACAAAUGCUACUAUAUGUGCGGCCAGCAAAGCAAAUACGAUCCUUCUAACAGGUGUGACUGGCUUCUUGGGCGCAUUCUUGUUGAACGAUCUGCUGGAAAGCACAUCGGCCAAGAUACUGUGCCUUGUACGCUUCAGUGAUCCUUCAGAGGCCGAUCUGCCGGAAGGCAUUGCGAGGAUGCGGAGGCAUCUCCUUGAUUUGGGACUGUGGCGGGACUCGAUUAUGGAACGUGUCGAGAUCCUCCCCGGCAACUUGUCCCGGCCACGGCUAGGUCUCUCCCCGGACGCCUUCGAGGAACUCACAGGCCGUGUCCAAGUUAUUUUCCACGCUGCCGCCAGCGUCAACUUAGUGUACCCCUACGCUGCCCUCCGAGACGCUAACGUAGGUGGAACAAGGGAAAUCUUGCGUCUGGCAUGUCGUGCUGGAGCCACAGUGCAGUAUAUAUCCACGAAUGGUGUGCUGCCGCCAUCUCGAGAAGGCUGGAGUGAGGAUUCCAUGCUGGACGUGGACGAUGUCCCAGAGAAACUGGCCGAUGGGUAUGGCCAGUCAAAAUGGGUCGCAGAGAAACUCGUGCGUGAAGCUGGCCUUCGAGGCUUGCCGGUGAAGAUUCACCGAGCGGGGACAAUCAGCGGUCACAGUACCACAGGCGCAGGGAACGCGUGGGAUCUGCUUAAUGCGAUCAUUGUUGAAUCCAUCAACCUUGGAUAUGCGCCAGAUGUGGAAGGCUGGCGCGCCGAGAUGACCCCGGUCGAUUUUGUUAGCAAAGCCAUCAUCCAUCUCUCAAAUCAAACCAGCACCACGCAGUUCGUUUUCCACCUCGGCGAUCCUGAUCCCGUACAAACUCGGUCAGUCUUUAAAGAUCUAGAAGUGCUUGGAUAUCCCACCAAACCACUCCCUUGGGACGAUUGGGUUGGCCGAUGGCAGGAAAACCGAGGCACUCUGAAAGGUGGAGAUGGUGCCUUUACCAUUGAUAUCCUCCGCAGCGGCAUGCCGAGUGUCGAGUUUUUGAGGGGCAUUGUCGUGUUGAACAACGCCGCUACCAGACCUUUACGGGCCGUUGUUGAACGACCUAAGGUUGAUAGCGUAUUGCUCGAAACGUACGCUCGCCAUUGGUUUGCCCGAGGAUGGUUGCCUCAUCCACCGUCCCGUCAACACGCCCUGGGCGGCACUGCGCAGCCCAUACGAAGAGGACCCCUGAGCGGACGUGUGGCUGUCAUUACCGGAGCUUCAUCUGGAAUCGGCGCCGCAGUUGCUGCUGCUCUGGCACGCGAAGGCCUCCAUCUGGCUUUGGGCGCUCGCCGCAAGGACGCUCUCGAGGCUGUGAAGAGCAGACUUGUGGUCCGCGAGGGCAAGGUGAUAGUUCAACAGACGGAUGUAACAGACAGGAAGCAGGUCGAGCGCCUCAUUCAAGCGGCGAAUGACGAGCUUGGGCCGGUCGAUAUCCUGGUCUCGUGCGCUGGUGUCAUGUAUUACACCAUGAUGGCAAAUGCACACAUAGAAGAUUGGGAUCGUACAGUCGAUGUGAACUGCAAGGGGCUUCUACAUUGCCUUUCCUCGGUCGUGCCGUCAAUGAUCUCGCGCGGAAGCGGGCACAUUGUCGCCAUCUCGUCGGAUGCAGGCCGGAAGGUCUUUCCUGGCUUGGGUGUCUACUCGGCUAGCAAGUUCUUUGUCGAAGCCACGCUGCAGAGUCUGCGCUUGGAGACCGCGGGGACUGGGUUGCGUGUCACGAGUGUGCAACCUGGCAACACGGCGACUGAGCUCCUUGGCAUGUCCACGGAUGCUGAAGCAAUCAAGAAAUAUGGUGAACCGACUGGUGCGCAGAUCUUGGACCCGGAAGAUGUGGCCAAUUCGAUUGUCUAUGCAUUGAGGCAGCCGCAACAUGUCGCUGUGAAUGAAGUUUUGAUCGAGCCCAGGGAGGAGCCGAUUUAAGCCAACCUCGUUGUGUGUCCCCUGGCACGCAUCAUGGCGCUCCACGGGUUCAUCGGCGUGCCUUGUGUGGGAGAGAACAGCCUUGAGAAUUGAAGGGAGGCGAUCAUUUCUUCUUGUGUGUUACAUAGGAUUGGUAGCUCCAAAACUCGGGCCAGUUGUGGUGUCUGCUAUUAGUUACUCGAGGAUGGAAGGCAAGCGGCAACAAGGGGAAAAUUCAGAAACAGCAUAAUGAAAGAAUCCGCUCUAAAGGACCAAGACGUAAGGACUUUGACACGGAAAUAGCGUAUACUACUCCUCUUAUGACGAGAGAAGCAUGUUCUUGCAC